AUGGCGCAGGAGAAAGUCACGUCGUAUUUCCAAAGCCGUAAAAGACCUUCGGGUUUCCAGCCUUCCAAGCGUAGAAAAGUAUUAAGAAAUGCAGAUGUUGAUAGUGUUAUCAUCCAAGAACCCGAGAGUGCGAUCAAUAAGGCCGAUCCCGCCCCACCCUCUCUAAAAAUAUCUUCCAAAAACGACCCUUCGAUUUCUGUGCUUGAACGUAUUGUCUGCGUGCAAAAGACUGCACCUAAUACCCGUAAAGCAACAUCGUCUCUAGGUAGCCGUAGGGCAGUAAGGUCCAGGAAUAAAAAAAAUGACCCAGACAUCCCAGUUGCCUGUAAAAUUACUGAUUUGUUUCCCAAACUAAAUGAACUCUCCGAGUCUACAGAUCCUGGCUUUGAUGAUGUUGAUGGACCUUGUCCCCCUGAAAAAACCUGCGAUCCAGUUGUUCCUUCCCCAAAGACGUUUGACUUAGCGAGUGCCUUCAUUGACGAUCAUGCGGUUACACCACCAGCCUCUCCACAGAAACGACGAUCUCCGGAAAAGGUCGAUGGAAUCGCCGAUGUUUCAAAGAAACGAAGUCGGCCUCACAAAACAACAAGAAAAGACCACCUUCUUGAAUUGCUCCAGCGAACACCUGAACAUGGCUUUGACUUUACUUCCUUCUCUAAUAAAAAACAGACAAACUCUGCAGCAGCUUUAUCUGUACGUAAAAAACUUGUCCUGCAGUUGAAAGCCAAGGAAACUGAAUCGUCUGCUCAGAAGAGUCUGGAUAUUGGACCUACAGCACCAUCUUCAAAUGGCAAUGUGAAAGAAACACCUGUGAAGACACCAGCGAAGAAACAGGAGAAAUCUUCACAGUCAACUCCGCUACGGAAUAAAGUAUUGGAGACGCUCAGAAAGUUUCCAUCAAAGGAGACUGCAGCAGAAGGUUCCACUUUGAAACUGAAGAUUGAGGGUAAUAUGAAAUCGCUGGGAGACCUGGAAGCAUUGAAGUUGUCUCUGAAGUCAAAAAAGCUGGUUGCAACUCCAGCUGAGAUGAAGUGCAAACUUGCCAAGUGUGGGAAACUCGCAGAGCUUCAAGGGCAGCUGGCAAAGCUCAACAAGAACGUUAAGCUUGUGGAGAAAGCCAAGGCCAAGGAACAUGAGAAAGAGGAGGUUAAGCCAAAAGAGCCAGCAUAUGAACGAUACCAUACUCUAGCCCAACCAGUUGCACCCACGCUUGCCUUGCCCUACAAGUACAAACUCCUGAAUGAGAUGUUUAGGAGCACUGAUACCAUUGUCAGCAUGUUGCAUAACCGCAAGGAGAUCUGUACGUUUAGCAAGUUGAAAACGGCCGUACAGAAUAUGGUCAGAAAAGCAUUUGAGACAAAGACCCUUGGCCAGAUGCGUCGUGUCUUCCCUGCAGCCUACCAUUUCCGGCAGGAGAAAGGUCUUCCCCAGUUUGGUGGCAAAUCGAAUGAGUAUCAGAUGACAGUUGAACCGAGUUUGGACCAGGAUUUGUACAAAGAAAGUUUGGCGACGGUUCUCACAAAAUCGUCGUCUGAGAAGAACAAGAAGCAACCAGCGAAGCAGACGUUCACAGCGGCCGCUCUCCUCGACCGCCGGAAUAUCUUUCAUCACAACCUCAUUAACACGGUUAAACAACAUCACAGGGAUUUCCUAUCCAAGUUAGAUCGUCCACUGGCAGUCCCAGAUGACAAACUGACAAGAUGGCAUCCAAAGUUUAACGUUGAUGGAGUGCCAGAUGUGGAGCCAGCACCGCUACCGGAGGCUCCUAAUGUGCAGAAGUUUGUGACUGCACAAGAUGUGAUGCAGCACACCAGUGGUCGACUUCCAAAGCGGGUUGAGGUGGCGUUGGCGAGGGUAGCUGCUGCCUGCAAGAAAGAGGCUGAAGAGAAAGUGACUGUACCUGAGGUAGAGUGUACCAAAGGUGAUGUGGCUCUCAAGGGAGUGUCACAGUCUCUCUUGGAUAGGAUUCGUUCCAAGGAGGCUAAAAAGACUGAGCUUGCGAUGACACGAAGCCCAGAAGAUGAUCGCCACAUGGAGAUGUUGUCACGGUUACCAAAUCUUGUGCGCAUUCUCAGAAAUAUAUUUGUAACAGAGAAGAAACCAGCACUUCCAUUGGAUGUUGCUUGUUCUAAACUGGCCGACAGCACCAAGUCCAUAUCUGUUGGAGAGGUGGAGACGCAUUUGGAUAUGAUGGUCGAGCUGUUGCCUGAAUGGGUGAAAAUCAUCAAGACGAUGAAAGGAAAGUUCUUAAAACUCGACAGAAAUCAAGACAUUGCAAUCGUGGUGGAGAAAGUGCAGAAAAUUCUAAAGGACAAACAGUUAUAGUCGGUGCUUCAAUAAAUGCUCAGGGACUGUUUGGUACGGAGUGUAAAACUCUGGAGGCUGGAGGGUGGCAGUGAAGGCGACACAUGCCAGAGCUCAAGAACCGGCUCGGGUCAGAAACAUAUGCCAUGUCCAAACAUGAAUCGUGCUGAUGAACUAUGAGACACCAAGGGGUGACUUUAUGAACCUUAAUCUGGCCCACCUCAUGACCUGGUUUCUGCCUGUGGUCUCCCUGUAAAGGAACUGAUGCUCUCUCUAGUGUGAUCUGUUGGGUGGAUAUGAUUUACCCAGUUGAAAAGAUUUGAACUUGUUGCUUUGUUGGCAAUGAGGAACUUGGUUGAAAACUUCUAUACUGCCUGAGCUCAGGAACGGCCAUGUAAUGUCAAUGUGAGACUUGAUAUUAUCUGAAGGCACAUCCUCCUGCCUUGAGCAUGGUGGCAAUGUUGUUUUAGAGACAUUUUAUCAUCGGUUUACAAUCAUCAUUGCUGUACUUUACAUGAGAAGAUUUUAGAAACAUUUUAAAUCUUUAACUUUUGCACGAAUGUGUUCAUAACUUCUGCACUUCAAUGUCUGUUCAUCGUAUCACGAUAUGUACAUCCACCGUUAUAUGCAUGAAUGCAAUCGUAAAUAUAUAUUGUCUUGUAAAUUAAUACAGGGGUCGAAAAGUUGUUUUCAAGUUGACUAGUCCCAAGCUGUGAAUCUCAAUGUGUGGGCUAGCUCUUUCAGUAAAUCCUUAUAGUUUCCCUGACUGUUUGCUAGCCCGGCUAUAGGGGACUAGUGGAUUUUUCGACCCCUGUGAAUAAUAAUCAGUUGAGCACAAGAAUCUGAUGAAUAUAGUAGAGUUCGUCUUCAUGAGCCUUUCUACAACUCCCAUUGUUUUCAUUCUGCUAGAAAUAGUUGUUCACAUGAAAGUAGCAAGAAAUACAAUCUCUUGAUUGGUGGACGCCGUUUCUUCUACUGUAGUUUUUGAGGCAUAGUUCAUGAAACUUCAAUUCAAUUACAAAUUUUUUACUAGCGGCCAGGCCUUGAAGUAAUAUUUGAAUUUGACAAAAUUUGUAAUUGUCUCAUCAUUCUAGUAGUAAUUUCCUGUAAUUGCAUUUAUAUUUCUCAAUAGUGAAUAAGUUAUUUUUUAUGCUCAAUAAAUCAAAUCAAAGCUAUGCAUUUUCAGGUUUUCCUUUCUGAUUUUGAUUGACCGACAAAGAAAAAAAAGUUUUCCAGUUUUCUUGAAAAGCCUGUUUCUUCUCCCAAUAAUUUCACCGCUACCGUUUUACUGUAAACUCGGCCAGGAACUGUUCCGUACUGGUACCGAAUCCAUACCACAGAGGGCAGCACCUGAUAGUCAAAUCUGGGGAUUCCCCGUGCUUUUUCCUAGAAAUGGCCAUGCCGCGAAAUGGAUUCAAU